AUGAGCCCCGGAUCCUUUGAUCCUUCGUUCGUGUUCGCUAUUCGCGGCCUGCAGUACUCGCAGAGCGCAGCGCAGGUCUGAUGCUCCACACAGCCAAGCCGGAAACCUAGAUUGGCCACGCCUGUCGGCGAGCAUUCUGCAGCCUGUUUCGACGAAGAACCGCGCAGCAGCUGGACCACAUGCUUGGAUGUAGGCAGCGUGGUUCUGGACGCUCUGGAUUGGAGACAGAUUGGCGCUCGCGCAAGCCGGGGAGUGAGUUGAGGGGCGGACAGGACUCCGCACUCGGCUUCGUUCUCUCUGUAAGCUGAGGUCAUCCAAGAGUGGGCCCUCAGGCUACCCGAUGGCGAUAGCACACGCAGCUCGACAGGGAUGCUUGGAACUUGAAACGGCUCUGACCCUUACUGCUUCGCUUCCUCAUCUGCAACGCAACAGGGGCACAGAGAUUGGCAGAACGAUGAAUGGACGGGCAUGGAGGCGAGGCUUCCGUGAGUACUCGCUCCGCUGUCAACAGUGGGCGGCGCGGUCCAUCGUCGCUAUGAGAUGGCUGCACAAACUCAUUCCCUAACCUUGUGCGCUUUUCAGGUCGCUGGCUCGUUGCCGAUGGAGCCGAAGUAUUUGCAGCGUUUUGUCGAGCCGGCGCACACACAGCCUCAUACGCUUGCGACUACAGCUCGAAAGCCAUCUGCUCGAACUUGUGAGGGUACAUUGGUCGACUCAUGAAUGUCUGCUGUUUCUUGGCGCACGCUCGUGCAAGCUUCCACCGCGCCGAUGCUUCCCCCUUAUCUUUUCGUUUAGCGGUCAAAUCGCCCUUCGAUCCGCCUGACGAUGCCAAGUGACCCACGAUGUUGGCAUACCGACCAUCGCAGCAUUCACCGCAGGGUGCACAGGCGAGCGAGAGUAGUGGGCCGCACUGCUAGAGAAGAGGCUCGAUGGAGCUCUCCCAGCGGACAGCAGCGGUCAACAGAGCGGCAGGCGAAGGCCGUCCCUGUGUCGCGGCAGGGAUAAAUUCAGCCGCGAUAAACUCCCACUAUGAGGCAAGGGGCUAUGCAGACAAGAAACGAGGGCAUCUUUGCCAGUGCAGAAGCAGACAUGAAUGAAUGCGCCGCUCAAGUGUACACAGUAGUUGCUGCGCCCCCUUCCUAUAGGAUCAGUGAGUCCGUUCUGAGUCUUGCCUAGUCGAAAGUAUUGCUGCACGGAGACUGCAGCUCUAACCUUGAAGCUUCAUCUCUUCAUCUCUUCAUCAGCGACGAACUAGUGCCAGGAAUACUGUUCGUUCUCGGCUUCAACGUGAGCCCUUGACGCGAGUCAGAUGACCCGCCAAUGUUCCGAAGCUAGAUCGCAUAAAUGGCGCCAGAGCACGCUCGACAAUGCCCAUUGCCGAGCUGGAUUCAAACCAGUCGUGAAGGGUACAGUAACACAUCGCCGCCAUGUGGCUUGAACGUCCACACCAAUACCGACACACGAUCGAUUGGGAGCGCGAGGAGCCAUCUCUUCACGCCCCGCAGCACAGAGCAGGUAUGAUGCUUCUUGCUCAUCCAUUUCGAGCACGACACCCUUUGGCACAUUCGCGAGAUGAACAUUGGGCACAUAAAUUUGAUGGUAAGACGCUCUCUCCAGUCGCCGGACAGAAAUGCGACGCUCAUCGACGGAGCUGAGGGCAAAUACAAAGCGCAAGUAGAUUCGCUAGAUUUAAGAGUUUUAUGGCGUCACGGAAGCUCGCGCCACGUAGGGCGAGUACUCGACAGACAAAGAUUGGCGCGUCCCCUGCCGAUGAUUGAUCCAAAUUGGCUGGCGUUUCUCCCUUUCAGACAAUUCUCGUCACAAGCACUGCGGCCUCAGAUUGCAAGGCCUUAG